GUUUUUUACACAAGAAAUGUUUUAUACCAACAAGUUCGGAAUUAUUCCACAAUUCAUUUAGGUUGUGUUGCUUACCACAAUGGGUGGUUUAAGAUAUUAUACCAUAUUUAUACUGUACAUAUACCUACACCAAACUGUAAAUGCUGAAAAUAACAACAUAAACGAAGAAUCACUUUUAACAAAAUACGCUAAACUUUUCAAACAGCGUCGCUACGAAGACAUCGUGACAGACAUACGACAUAUAUUCAAAGAACGGACACAAAAUGGCGUUAAAGACGAUCAGAAACUAAACGAACUUAUAACUGACGUUACAACAGCUAUAGGCUUAUUAAAAACUAAAUUAGUAAAGCUUGACAAAGAUGGCGUCUUGACAUUGGAUCCAGAACCUAUUUUAAAUGAGAAUAGAUACAAGAGAAGUGUAGACAAUGAAACGGUUGAAGACGCCAAUAAUGUUUCUUUGGAAAACGUAACUGAAACUGACAGUGGUAUUACAGAUACUACAGAUAAAAUUGAAAGUGUUACAGAAGAAUCAUUAAAAGUUAAUAAUAAUACUUCAGAAGUGAAUGUUACGAAUGAUACUGAUGAUGGACCCAUGCCUACUAGACGCUCGUGGCCGAUUAAAGAUGUUGCGCCUCCAUUCAUAUAUGAAAUUACGCCUUCUAAUAGAUAUGAUAUUACCCCUCAAUCUAAUUAUGAAGUUACUCCUCAAUCGAGAAUUGAUGUAACACCUUCCAAUUACGAUGUUACAAGUCAAUCCAAAUUUGAUGUUACACCUCAAUCCAUUUUUGAUAUGACAACUCAAUCUAAUUACGCUGUCAAACCUCAAGCUAAAUAUGAUGUGACACCUCAAUCCAAAUAUUAUGAUGUCACACCAAAAUCAACAAUUGUAGAUAUCACACCAAAAUCCAGAAUUGUUGAUGUUACACCGAAAUCCAGAUACGACAUGGCUUCUCAUUUGGCUAAUGAUAUCGCUAAUCCGAAAAUGGAUGUACAAUCACGGAUAAAAGGCAAACUCAUAUCUUAUUUAGAAGAUACUUUCAACGAUAUAGAGAAAAAAAUUAGUCCUUUGUCUCAAAUCAAAGCGACAUUAUCAAGUAAUAGUGAAUACAGAAUUGGCUAUAUAAUAGCAAAUAUAGACACUUUAGAUGUCAAUCUAAAGAAAUGGAAGAAUAAUAUGUUGGUAAAUCAACAUACUUGGGAUGAUGAGACAAUUUUAAAUCUGUUUGACAAAAUAAAGGCGACAAAUGCGGUGACUACAAGCCUAAUCGAGUCUUUAAAACGACAACUGCCUGGUUCUAAGGAGCUCAACCAUUUUGCUAAGUAAAAGGUUAUUUUUUUAGUAUUAAACGAAUAAAGAUUAAGCUUAUUUUUUUUUGCGGAUUUCUCUGAUAUUUGUC